UAUUUCACUAGCAGUUCACUGUAUGAAGAUUCUUUGGGUAUAAUAUGUCACAGUUUGCUUAUACUCACUUACAUAAAUGUAUUAGUGUCCUGUACCUACUAGUAAAAUAUGUAUAUCAAAAAUUAUAUCUGGAGUUUGGAUAAUUUUUGGUUUGACUGUGCAUAAAUUCUUGUUAAAACUACAAAGUAAUGAAGUCAAGAGCAGUGAGUGAUUUUUCUGUGUAAGAUUCUCCACUGUAGGUCCCCUACUCUUUUGGUCAAUGGUGGUUUAUAAAUCACUCUCCAUACUGGUCUGACCUCAUUGUCAAGUCCCAGAUGAGCUCUCCAAGGAGUGUCAGCACGAUUCCUCAAUUUGCCUUUAUUUACAAUGUUUACAAACAUUUUAUACAUAGUUUUCCUCCCAUAUCAUCAAAUUCAUUUGAGAGAGUUUCUCUGAACUCGUAUAGAUUUAAAAAUAUUGCUUACUUAUAAAGCCCUGAAUGGUUUAGCACCUCAGUAUUUGAAUGAGCUCCUUUUACAUUAUAUUCCUCUACGUCCGCUACGUUCUCAAAACUCAGGCAAUUUAAUAAUACCUAGAAUAUCAAAAUCAACUGCGGGCGGCAGAUCCUUUUCCUAUUUGGCGCCUAAACUCUGGAAUAACCUACCUAACAUUGUUCGGGAGGCAGACACACUCUUGCAGUUUAAAUCUAGAUUAAAGACCCAUCUCUUUAACCUGGCUUACACAUAACAUACUAAUAUGCUUUUAAUAUCCAAAUCCGUUAAAGGAUUUUUAGGCUGCAUUAAACGUGCAGUAUGGAAUUUUUGGCCACCAGGGGUCACUCAAUCAAAAUAAUAACAAAAGACGUACUUUGAUGACGUCAGGAAAGAGCGUGGGCUCAUGGGAGUUGUUGUUACUGUCUAUGACAACCAGCCAUCUAGCAUCUCCAGCGGAAAACAUGUUCACUGACGAGGAAGAGACAGAUGGCUCCUCACCGGAUGCCUCAAUAGCAUCAUUAGCAAUUAGUGAUGAGACAUGGAGUCCCCGGCAUGAAGAGAAGGACUCGUUAUUUGGAAGAGUGACUGCAAGAGGAAGUAGGAAAGGGACAGGAAGGGCAAGCAGAUCAGCUGGAGUGAGUGGAAGAGGAAGAGCAGUGGGUAGAGGAAGGGGAAUGGCCAGAGCAUGCAGAACAGCAGCAAGCAGUGGAGCAGAAACAAGUGUAGCAGUCGAAAUCAGCGGUAAAGCAGAAGUGAGUGGAGCUGCUGUUGGGAACAAAGCAGCAAGAGGAAGGAUGGCAGGUGGAAGGAGAGGCGCGACAAGAGCGGGAAGAAUUGCAGGACCCAGCAGUGCAACCAGGGGUAGACAGGCAGCUAGAAGAAGAGGGACUAGAGCAGCACUUGGAAUCUCUGAAGAGGACAGAGUGAGGGUGGAGAGGCUGCAAGAGGAAAGAAGGUCACAGAUCCAGGAGCAGAUCUGGAACAUGGAUCCAGAUGACGCUCGUAGACUCCUAGUCAGAGUCAUGGACAGAGAACCUGGCCUCAUCUUUGAUGUGCUCCAGCCAGCUGCUCAGGGAACAGAAAUACCAUUACAAUGUGUGCCUGGAUGGUGCAGCUGUUCAAGGUGCAGGGAAAUGGGAACUGACUUGGAGAAUAAAUGUUGUGGGAUGAUGGAGGCCACCUGCAUCAGUAGAUUCCCCACAUGUCAUUGUAUAUUUUAGAUGAGCAUGUACUGCGCUUAGCACGGCGGCUCAGAAACGACAUUUAUGCUCUCCAUGACACACAGCUUCCUGGGGAUGACAACUGGGAAUACCGCUAUGCCACUUACAGGAAUUUUGUCUUGUGGCAUUAUGGUUCCCUUGGUGCGGGAAACCGUGUUGUCAUCCCCAGCUGUUGUGUGUACAGAAUACGGGAUAAAUACCCAGACCCAUUUGGCAGAUACACUGGUUUCAUAGAAACAGUGUUAUAACUACUGUGGUUUUUAAAGCCACCUCACUGCUGUUGUCACUUGUGUUUCAUGUUGAUUUUUAUUUUUACUUAGUUUCUCUCUUUCUAUAUAUUUUUCUAUAUCUAUCUCUCAGGCAUGAGUUGGGAAUCUUAAUUGAUGAAGCUGAGCACAUAUAACACAUUUUGCACAAUAGGUUGGUGGAAGCCAGUCAGUAAUAUUUGCUCUGCUUCCCAAAUUAAAUCCACGAGCCAUGCCUGAUAUAUACACUGUAUACAAAAUGUAAAUUGUGAUAUUGUUCCUUACUGCCUUCUUAAUAGCAUACUGCACAUAAGUAAUAGCAAGAGGAGCAGACAUAAGACAUUUAGAUUUCCAAAGAAUAUAUUUUUGAAGUAAAAAUAAAAAUUGUUCUGGAGUUGAACAUUAAACUUGCAUCCUAUUUAUUUAAACCUCUCAUGUGUUGAUAAUUUUCAUAAACAGCUUUGCUAUAUAGGUCUCCUCUCAAAAAAUAUAUUCCAGAUUGCUCAUUUGACAAGGCCUUGGGUUCAGAUGAACAAGGAUUCAUUGCUACUCCGUUGUCUCUUGCUGUGUAG